AUGUCGGACGAAAACCUACUUGCUCUGGCUACUUACGCCUAUGCAUUGAGCACAUAUUAUUAUUACUUGGUCAAUCAAGCUGCAGUUACAAAAAGGAAACCAAAGAAAAGACGAUUCUGGAUGAUAAAAAUGCACGCUGAUCGAACAAAAAACGACGAAGGAAGGAAUUUACUAGCGGACUUGAUUCACGAACCUUCAGGACAGUUUGAUAAUUUCUGUCGGAUGUCGUCUUCCGAUUUUGAAUUGAAAAUUGGACCAGCAAUAGCAAAGAAAAAUACACGUUGGAGACAGGCUAUUCCAAUUAAAGUUCGCUUAGCAGUAACGUUAAGGUUUCUGGCCACAGGCAAUACAUAUAGAUGUCUCCAUUUUCUAUUUAGAAUAUCCAGCCAAAUAAUAUCCAGAAUUGUACCCGAAGUUUGCAAAGGAAUUAUUGAUGUUCUUCGUGACGAAGUGAAAUUUGACUUCGCCUGUGCUGGUAUUACAGAGACCAAUUUUCGUAAACUUGGGGAAAGAAGAUCCACCUGGCGCUGUAUUGACUGCAAAACUGCCCAGUCUCCUGCAUCAACAUCUUAUAAUAAUCCUGGGAUAGCAGUGCGAUUGGAAGAAAUGCAGGCUACCCUAGUGAAUAUUACGCAGCAACUUGUACCCUUGGCGUCACUUAUUGAAGAUGUAAAGACCAUUAAGCUUGAAAUAUCGAAUCUUAAGAGCUCAGUUGAAUUUGCUCACCAAACUGCAAGCCAGUUGUCGGUGACGGUGAAGUCCCUGGAAUCCAGAAUUUCGCAAGUUGAGGAACACACCAAUUUGAUCCACAUUUUGGGAGCUGACCUUAAAAAGUUCAAAGAAGAUCUACAGGAUAAGGAACAAUGGGCGCGGGCCAAUAAUGUGGAAAUAAAAGGGAUUCCAGUGAAAAAGUCCGAGAACUUAUACGAUAUUGUGGAUAAUAUCAGUAAAGUUAUCCAGUGCUCUAUACGUAAAGAAGACAUCAAUUAUAUUGCCCGAGUUCCCAGCCUCAAAGCAGAGUCUCAAAAGUCCAUAAUCAUGGCGCUCAAUAAUCGUUACUGCAAGGAAGAGUUUGUAGCAGCUGCGCGUAAACAUAAGGAACUCAAAGUUUCCCAACUGGGAUACGCCGAUGAAGGCCAUGUUUACGUCAACGACCAUCUCACGCUAUUUAAUAAAGCUCUUCUUAAGAAGGCGAAGGAUCUGGCGAAAACAAAAAACUUCAAAUAUGUGUGGAUAAAACAUUGCAAGAUUCUGGCCCGAAAAUCCGACACAUCACCGACGUUCCGCAUAAAAUCAGAAAAAGAUCUUCUAAAAUUUUCAUAA